UAAAAACAGCUGUUCUAUUAAAUGCGUAAACAAAGUUAACGCGGCGUAAAUUACAAAUAAUUAAUUAUUUAGCUUGUUUGUAAUGGCAACUUGUCCAUCACGGAAAUUUAUGGAGUGUCUGCAGUAUGCGGCUUUUAAACACCGCGAACAGCGACGCAAGGAUCCCAAGGAAACCCCCUAUGUAAAUCAUGUGAUAAAUGUGAGCACUAUUCUUUCCGUGGAGGCCGGCAUCACGGAUGAGGCAAUUCUUAUGGCUGCCCUUCUGCACGAUGUGGUCGAGGAUACGGAUGCAACGUUUGAGGAUGUGGAGAAACUAUUUGGACCGGAUGUUUGUGGCUUAGUUCGCGAGAUUACCGACGAUAAGUCAUUGGAGAAACAGGAACGCAAGCGUCUACAAAUAGUUAAAGCGGCUACAAGCAGCUGCAGGGCAAAACUAAUAAAACUGGCCGACAAGCUAGAUAACCUGAGGGAUCUGCAGAUCAACACGCCAACAGGAUGGACAGAGGAACGUCGCGAGCAGUACUUCAUUUGGGCCAAACAGGUGGUGGACAAUCUGCGCGGUACGAAUGCUAAUUUGGAACUUAAUCUAGACGACAUAUUCCGCCAGCGAGGUCUCUUGUAAACUCAAAACCCAACCAAUUACAAAGGAACAAUCUUA